UUGAUGAUGUCACUGGCUCAGUACAGCUCAGCAUCCCUGCCUGACUCACUCAGCAAAGCCAUUUUGCCUUUCAAUUGGAGAACAUAUAACAUCCAGAUUCUGAUGACCCCCCUCCCCCUCCCCUUAAAUCCUUUUCAGACAGGUCAAGAGAACACACCCUGAUGCACCAUUGCAUGGCACACUGUGGAAAAGAGGCAGCCUACAUUACCUUUAAGGAUCAGUGACAACCUUGUCAUUUCUGUUCAGCCCAUCCGCUGCACUUUAGGCAGCAGCAGCAGCAGCGCCGGAGGCUGAAGACCGAAACGCUGAAUAGCAUUUGAGGCUGCUACAAAAAGAACAGGGCUGGGCAAAUAACAAAGAGGUCUCCUGUGUUCUGGCCUUUGCUCUUGCUGUUGGUGGUUCAACCAACAAGAUGGCAGGAGCAUCGGUGAAAGUGGCAGUCAGGGUCCGUCCCUUCAACUCACGGGAAAUAAGCCGUGAAAGCAAGUGUAUUAUUCAGAUGACUGGCAACACCACUACUAUAGUCAACCCAAAACAACCCAAAGAAAAUAAGAGUUUCAACUUUGACUACUCCUAUUGGUCCCACACAUCGCCAGAAGAUAUCAACUAUGCAUCACAACAGCAGGUUUACAGAGAUAUCGGUGAGGAGAUGCUACAGCAUGCAUUUGAGGGUUACAAUGUCUGCAUCUUUGCAUAUGGACAGACAGGAGCUGGAAAAUCUUAUACUAUGAUGGGCAAACAGGAAAAGGAUCAGCAAGGCAUUAUACCUCUGAUGUGUGAAGACCUUUUCUCAAGAAUCAAUGACAGCAAUAAUGACAACUGUAUGUCAUAUUCUGUGGAAGUGAGUUAUAUGGAAAUUUACUGUGAGAGAGUCCGCGACCUCCUUAACCCUAAAAAUAAGGGCAACCUAAGAGUCAGAGAACAUCCAUUAAUGGGUCCCUACGUGGAAGAUCUUUCUAAACUUGCCGUCACCUCAUACAAUGACAUUCAAGACUUGAUGGACUCUGGAAAUAAAGCCAGGACGGUGGCUGCUACAAACAUGAAUGAGACAAGCAGUAGAUCACAUGCAGUUUUCAACAUUAUUUUCACACAGAAGCGCUAUGAUGCAGAAACAGACAACACAUCAGAAAAGGUGAGCAAAAUAAGCCUGGUUGACCUGGCAGGAAGUGAAAGAGCAGAUUCUACAGGAGCCAAAGGAACAAGGCUAAAGGAGGGUGCAAAUAUCAAUAAAUCCUUGACAACCCUUGGAAAAGUUAUCUCUGCACUGGCAGAAGUGGACUCUGGGCCAAAUAAGAAUAAAAAGAAGAAAAAAGCAGAGAAUUUCAUUCCAUAUAGAGAUUCAGUGCUGACCUGGCUCUUGAGGGAAAAUUUGGGUGGAAAUUCACGCACUGCUAUGGUGGCUGCCCUGAGCCCAGCUGAUAUCAAUUAUGAUGAGACUCUCAGUACUCUGAGGUAUGCAGAUAGAGCCAAGCAGAUCCGAUGCAAUGCAGUGAUCAAUGAAGAUCCCAAUAACCGGUUGGUCCGAGAGCUCAAAGAGGAAGUAUCCAGACUGAAGGAUCUGCUGUAUGCACAGGGACUUGGAGACAUCAUUGAAACGUAUCGGGGGCCAAGCGGCGAGAGUACCGGUUUGAAAUACAUAUCCGAUUUCCAGAACAAUAACAGUAAUCGUCAAGCUUUCAAUCAAAGAAGUGAUCUCUCCACAGUGACCAAUGCCAUGACAGGGAUGAGCCCGUCUCCUUCACUCUCUGCCCUAUCCAGUCGAGCUGGCUCCAUCAACAGCCUUCACGAUCGCAUCAUGUUUAGUCCUGGUAGUGAGGAGGCCAUCGAACGACUCAAGGAAACUGAGAAAAUUAUUGCAGAGCUCAACGAAACCUGGGAGGAGAAACUACGGAGAACAGAGGCAAUUAGAAUGGAGAGAGAGGCUCUUCUGGCUGAAAUGGGUGUGGCAAUGCGAGAGGAUGGUGGUACAGUUGGAGUGUUUUCACCAAAGAAGACUCCACACCUGGUGAACCUUAAUGAAGAUCCACUGAUGUCAGAGUGCCUCUUGUACUAUAUUAAAGAUGGCAUAACAAGGGUUGGUCGUGAGGAUGCUACUCGGCGACAAGAUAUUGUAUUAAGUGGACAUUUCAUCAGAGAUGAGCACUGUACCUUCACCAGUACAUCGAAUUCACUUGGAGAGGUGGCUGUUGUUCUGGAGCCUUGUGAUGGUGCUGAGACAUAUGUUAAUGGGAAAACAGUGACAGAGCCUACAAUUCUUCGAUCAGGUAAUCGCAUCAUCUUGGGCAAGAGUCAUGUGUUUCGAUUCAAUCACCCAGAACAAGCUCGACAGGAGAGGGAAAGAACUCCUUGUGCUGAAACUCCGGCAGAACCGGUAGACUGGGCCUUUGCACAGCGUGAACUGCUUGAAAAACAGGGCAUUGACAUGAAGCAGGAAAUGGAGAAAAGACUGCAGGAACUGGAGGAUCAGUAUCGCAAAGAAAGAGAAGAGGCAAGCAAUCUAUUGGAACAGCAAAGACUGGAUUAUGAAAGCAAACUGGAAGCUUUACAAAAGCAGGUUGACUCAAGAUACUAUCUUGAGACAAAUGAAGAAGAGGAAGAGCCAGAAGAAGAAGUGCAAUGGACAGAACGAGAGCUUGAGCUUGCCCUGUGGGCAUUCCGCAAAUGGAAAUGCUAUCAGUUUACUUCAUUAAGGGAUUUACUGUGGGGUAAUGCUAUCUUCCUUAAGGAGGCCAAUGCCAUCAGUGUUGAGCUCAAGAAGAAGGUGCAGUUCCAGUUUGUAUUGUUGACAGAUACACUUUACUCACCUUUGCCACCUGAUCUUUUACCUCCGGAUGCUGCAAAAGACCGUGAAAAGCGACCUUUCCCUCGCACAAUUGUUGCAGUUGAAGUGCAGGACCAGAAAAAUGGAGCAACUCAUUACUGGACACUAGAAAAACUCAGACAGCGCCUGGACCUGAUGAGAGAGAUGUAUGACCGUGCUGCUGAAGUUCCCAGCUGUGCUGUUGAUGACUGUGAUAAUGUGAUGACAGGAGGAGACCCUUUCUAUGACCGCUUCCCAUGGUUCCGGCUUGUUGGCAGCAGGUUGUACUAUGUCACUCCCAUUUUCAACACAUGCAUGAGCGAACGCAUGGCAGAUCUCACCCCCUCCCCCACACUCUCCAACCCUGACUCUGACAUAACUGAGCUCGCAGAUGAGCGGCAUGAUGGGAAAGUGGAGGAGGAGGAGGAGGAGGAGGAGGAGGAGUUGGAGGACCUGGAAGAUGAAAUCUUUUUGGACGAGCCCUGUUCGGAGCUGGGGGGAGACGAGGGAGAGCACUGCCCAGUGUCCUGUGAAGGCCAGGACCCCUUUUACGACCGGUCGCCUCUAUUCAGUGUAGUGGGAAGGGCAUUUGUGUACCUGAGCAAUUUGCUGUAUCCAGUCCCAUUAGUGCAUCGUGUUGCCAUUGUAAGUGAGAAGGGUGAAGUCAAAGGAUUUCUAAGGGUUGCUGUGCAAGCUAUUUCUGCAGAUGAAGAGGCUCCAGAUUAUGGGUCUGGGGUCCGGCAGUCUGGAACAGCAAAGAUCUCAUUUGAAGAUCAGCAGUUUGAAAAAUUUCAGGUAGAAUCCUGUCCAGUGGGAAUGUCUCGCUCAGGUACUUCCCAGGAAGAGCUACGAAUUGUGGAAGGGGAAGGACAGAACUCAGAGCUUGGACCCUCAGCAGAUGAAGUCAAUAACAACACCUGUGCAGCUAGCCAAGAAGACCUGGACAGCCCAAUUAAAAUAGCUCCUGAUGGACCAGCAGAAGGAUCUCUGGACCACCUCAGAAUUGGAAAUAUUUUCACAUUCCGGGUGACCGUCCUACAGGCCUCCAGUAUCUCUGCCGAAUAUGCAGAUAUAUUCUGCCAAUUCAAUUUCAUUCAUCGGCAUGAUGAAGCAUUCUCCACUGAGCCACUGAAGAAUACUGGACGUGGGCCCCCACUAGGAUUCUACCAUGUGCAAAAUAUUGCUGUGGAGGUUACAAAAUCUUUUGUGGAGUACAUUAAAACACAGCCAAUAGUAUUUGAAGUUUUUGGGCACUAUCAGAAGCAGCCAUUUCCACCAAUGUGCAAGGACUUAAUCAGUCCACUGCGGCCAACAAGACGACAGUUCCCUCGAGUGAUGCCUUUGUCCAGACCAGUUCCUGCUACCAAGCUGAGCACUCUGACCCGGCCAAAUGCUGGACCUUGUCACUGCAAAUAUGACCUGAUGGUGUUCUUCGAAAUCUGCGAGUUGGAAGCCAAUGGAGACUAUAUCCCAGCAGUUGUCGACCAUCGAGGGGGAAUGCCUUGUCAUGGUACUUUCCUUCUGCAUCAGGGUAUUCAGAGAAGAAUUACAGUUACAAUAGUGCAUGAGAAAACCAAUGAAGUUGAAUGGAAAGAAGUCAGAGAGUUGGUUGUUGGUCGCAUUCGUAACACACCUGAGGCAAAUGAAACAAUAAUUGAUCCAAACAUUCUUUCCUUAAACAUCCUUUCAUCAGAAUACAUUUAUCCUCCAGAAGAUGACAGACAGUUUCUUGAUUCGGAUAUGCCUAGCAUUUCGCUGGAAAGUAACUAUAGAACCUUUUAUCGGUUUACAGCGGCCUGGGACAGCUCUAUGCACAACUCUUUGAUGUUGAAUCGUGUCACACCUUAUGGAGAAAAAAUCUACAUGACACUCUCGGCUUAUCUGGAGAUGGAAAACUGCACUCAGCCAACAGUCAUCACGAAAGACUUUAGUAUGGUGUUUUACUCCAGAGAUGCCAAAUUACCUGCCUCUCGUUCCAUAAGGAAUCUUUUUGGUAGUGGAGCACUGAGGGCAUCAGAGAGUAACCGCGUAACAGGGGUCUAUGAAGUCAGCUUAUGUCACCUUGCAGAUGCUGGAAGUCCAGGAAUGCAGCGAAGACGCAGAAGAGUCCUUGAUACUUCAGUGGCCUAUGUACGAGGAGAAGAAAAUCUUGCUGGAUGGAGACCACGUAGCGAUAGCCUCAUCCUGGAUCACCAGUGGGAACUGGAAAAGCUUAGCCUUCUACAAGAAGUGGAGAAAACCCGACAUUACCUCCUUCUACGUGAAAAGCUGGAAACUUCAAUGCCCAGUGGUCAUGAAUCGCUGUCUUCUUGCGGUAGUGAGGAUCUCAGUGAAUCUAAUAGCUUCUCCUCCCAGUCCUCCACAGAGAGUGGGCCCCAAGGGCCAAACCCAGUCCCCGACAGUCCCAAUGAACGACAAAGAGAGCUGGCUGCCAAGUGCCUGCGGCUUCUCACUCACACUUUCAACAGGGAAUACAGUCACGUAUGCAUCAGUGCCAGUGAGAGUAAGCUCUCUGAGAUGUCAGUCACCUUGCCAAGAGACACUUCAGCCACAGUACUGACAAGCUCCUUGACCCCAUCCUCAACCUGCCCAUCACUGGUGGAAGGGCGCUAUAACACCAACUCAGAACUCAGGACCCCAGAACCACGAUCUAGAUCUGCAAGCCCAGAUCCUGAUACCAUUCGAGAUGGAGAGAACAAGAAAUCUCCAAGUGGCCAUUCAGAGACAAAAAGGAGAGUGCGGACAUUUGUGCCUGAUAUUCAGGAAAUCCGUGUCAGCCCUAUUGUAUCCAAAAAAGGCUACCUGCAUUUCCUGGAGCCACAUACAAAUGGCUGGGUAAAGCGCUUUGUGGUGGUGCGACGGCCUUAUGUCUACAUCUAUAACAGUGAGAAGGAUAGUGUGGAACGAGCCAUACUGAAUCUGUCCUCUGCCCAGGUUGAAUACAGCGAGGAUCAACAGGCCAUGCUGAAGACCCCAAACACUUUUGCUGUGUGCACUGAACACCGUGGAAUUCUGCUUCAAGCAAGCAAUGACAAGGAGAUGCAUGACUGGCUUUAUGCAUUUAAUCCCCUAUUGGCUGGAUCUAUCAGAUCAAAACUAUCCAGGAAGCGAACUGGACAGAUGAGGAUCUAACCUCUUUCUGCAUUCAACCCGAAAAAAAAGAGAGACAAAUGUAGAGUAUCUUUGCACUGUACAUUGAUCACCAGACUGAAUGCCGAGUCCUGUGCUUUUCCAGUUCCCUCUGUAGCUUGUCUGCUUCUUCACACAAUCGGCUUGUCACAGCUGAACCAGGAAGGAAUGCACAACCCCAAAGCUCAACUUGUGUGCUGUUUGCAGGCUGUGUCUCUAACCUCACUAUGGUUAUUGAGAAGUGUGGCUGUAGAAAUGUGGGGAAUUGGGAAGGGAGUUGGCACACACGUGCACUGCUCAUUGACAGCUUCAAGCAUCGCCCCCAGACAUUGGCCUCCUGAGGCCCGUGCUCCUCUGUAUGCAUGGCCUUAUCCAAUUUGCAUUUUAUCUUUGUUCUCCUGAGAGAUAGGAAGGCUGUCAAAAACCAGAACUUCCACCCAUAAUGCCUAGUUUUUUCUAAGUUUCGUUUCCACCUGAGUAUAAAAUAUUUAAAUAUAUAUUUAUGUAUAUAUAGAUUUUAUUGAUACAGUAUGUGGUUAUUUAUUGACUUGUCUAUGAAAAGAAAAUUCAUUUCAGUCGCCUUAAACAGUCAUUUAGUUACCCCUGAAAUUGAAAACGAUGCCUUGACUUAGUCCCUUCAACCUGCAAUUCAUGAAGUCAUAUCAAAGGCCAACAGUGAAGAGCCAAGCAUAAACAGUACAUUUAAAAGAAAAUAAAAAAGAUUUUACAUAGUGUUUUACGUUUAAGGUACCUAGUUUAAAGGGAAAGCCUUAAGCAGUACCUUAAUUUUUAAAUUAAACAUUGUGAAGGUCAGGAGUCGAAAGUAUGCAAGAUUAAGGUGAUAUAAAAUAAUGUACCAGCUCUGAUUUGAUCAUUUAAGGUGAAUUAUUUGGAUUUAUGAUAAAACAAUGGAGAGCUUUGAAUUUUUAGAGCAUUUUAUAUGGAGUUUUUCAUUAUGCACUUUAUUUCUUUUUAACUAACCUCCAAAUUAAGUGACCACUCCUUGUUCUUCUGUGUUUUCCAAGGUUAAUGCCACACAUAGCAAACGAGAGCUUCGCAUACAGGACCUCUUACCCCUGUUCUCUAGUAGUUGCUGCGCAUUAGCCAUCAUCUCAAACACAACUCACUUCUAUAAAUGAGCUCACAAUGUAAGCACAGAGCCAGCUUCGUCCCAUAGAUCAAUCUAAACCAAUCGCCCCAGUGGAGUUUAAGCUGAUACCCUGGGCUUCAACAUACUGCAGUUUUCAUGCAGCGAUCAACAAGUCCAUUCUGACUGUUUUGUAAGGUGAAGUACACAGGCCAUGCAUAUGAAUCUCAUUGAGGGCCCAUGGGAAGUUUAUUUCAUGUGAAUUUGAUAAAAUUAGUUUCAAAUUAAGGACAUGAGUUGAGAAUCGGGUGUAGAACAAGAGAGCUACCAACCUUUACAUUCCUUUAGCAAAGAAAGCAAAGCCUACAAUUGUUCUGCACCACAGAAGAAUUGGUAGUCACUGGCAAGAUCGCUGGCUGGAAAGACUGCAAAGCAGCACACAAACAUUAAUUAGUUCAUCGAAGUCUUUGGGAAUGCCUCUCAAGAAAUGUUUGGUCACGGUUUACACACAUAGUCGGUCAAAGUGCAAAGAGAAGUCCAGAUUACGCUGUUGGGCAGGAAGACUUUCACAGUAAGCUCUUUGCAAGUUGGUUUUAUCCAAAGUUAGUUACCUGGAAAGAAAAAACUCUUAAAUGCAAGUUUAUUUAUUAUUAUUUUUGAAUGCACUUAUGGAUAUAUUCCCCUGUAUUUGACAGAUCAUUAAAAUAAGUUGUAGAGGCAAGGUUGGUUGUGUACUUGGCUGUCGCAUGGUGAUUACACGUCAGAAUUUUAAAGAACGCAUUGACACAUAGCACACAAGGCUCUUGUGAAUUUCUUUGCAAGUCCCCGGAAGUAAACUUCUCUAGAUUCUACAUGUUUAAUGGUAGCAUCCAGUGAAAGGAGCAUAAUACAUGUUUGAGUCAUUGACACUGUAGUGGCAGAAUCAGAAGAGACUUGGUGCAAAUAUCCACAAUGCAGGAUUCUUGUUAGUAGUCGAAGAAGGCUGGAUCCAUUCUCAACUCACAAUUCCGUCAUCUUUCAUAUUGUCCAGCUUCUUUGCUCGCUUUCUACACAAUUAAGAUAUUUAGAGAAAAACUUCUUCCCCCCCAAACCAAAUUCCUCCUCCUAUUUUUCUCAUAAGCCAACUCGUGUCCCUUACCACCCUGUCAAGAAAAACUAGCAAUUGCCUGAUCCUGGAAAUAUGGCAUAGUUCGUCUUGUCGGGUCAGCGCUAUAUUCUCCUUGGGCUGAUUUACAUUAGACCUCUGUCAUGCCUUAAAGAAGUGUUUUCUGUAUUGGUGUAUCUUACAGUUCCAAUUCUGGAAGAUGGCAUUAAACAAAAGCGGACAGAAAUGGAGGCAGCUCAUUAACUUCCUCUGCCUUAUGCUCACAAUAUCCGUCUCAUGCUGAUAUUGUCCAUGUAGGUGGUCAGCAAGCCAUAAAGUACAUGGGUAAAUGUUCAGUAUGUAGCAGAGGUUCGUUUGCUGAUGGUCAGAGCCUGCCACCUUUUUCGUAGAGGGGCCAUGCUGAAGGUCAACAAACCUUUGCAGUACCCCCAACAAAGCAGAAAAGUGCUUUUUUGGCUUUGGCAGAGUGUGGCCUUGAAAUUGUUAACAGAGAUCAUUGUGGCAUUGUGUGUUGCAAAGGUUUUUAGAGCUGUGAGGCGACGUGUCUGCUUAAAUGAAUGACAAUACAGACUGCAAGUUUUGAAGCACUACACAACCAACAUUCAGAGCAAAUGUUUUUUUCUAUGAGAUUUAAUUAUCGUAACACUUUUUGGGUUCUUGGCCUUUUUUUUAUUGUGUGCCUUUUGUUAUUUCUUGAUAUUUGUGCAAUAAUCACUCGGUAUUCAAGUACCUCCUGGUCCAGUGAUUAAAGCUAGUGAGCCUACAAUGAGGAGGAUACCAUAAAUUACUACCCAUAAACCUUUAAAUGCCUUUCCAGCACAAUUAUGAUUGUAAAUAAAUAUAUAUCUAUAAAUACAGUGAAUUGAGUAGUUUCCAACACAGCCUCUACAAAGACUACUAUUCUAUUAAACUCUUAACACUUCUUACAUUACUACUAAGUUUUCUGGUCUUCUCCUUUCAGUGUGUGAAUUCUACUUUUUUGGCUCUUGGAAAGCUUACGUGGCAAUAAAGAGUGCAAGUGGAGCCGUUUUACAAGCGAGAAAACACUGAGGGCUGUAACUAUGUUGGCCUUCAGGAGGACGGUAAGAAGUAAAGCAUGAGGCAUUGUCAGUGAUCACCUCACCACUGUACUUUAAAAGGAAAGCUUGGUUACUGCAGCGGCGUAUUUUAGGUCUACUGUAAUUUGAAUUAACUGUAUAUUAGGGAGGAAAAAUGGUGACUACUUGAUAGAGACAACAGAGAUCCAAAAAUGCAGCCUUCUAGUAUCUCCCUGGGUUUAGAGUUUACUAUUCUCCAACUAAACUACUACUACUAUGUGCAUCUCCCCCACUUCCACCCACUCUAAUAAUAAUCAGAUGAAUUGAAACUCCUGUGGAGAACCCCAGAAGGUCUGACUGAAUGUGGUAGAAAGAGAAAUGCACCUUUUUUUAUUUUGAUUUCUGUGCUUCCACAUUUGGUUGAGACCCAAAUGGUUGCCUCUGUUGCUCUGUAAACUAAAAACACUUUUUCCCCUUUUUUGUUUAGCUUUGUAUAUAAAGUUGGGUUGCUGUGGACAAUAUACGGCUGUAGCGUGUCUGUAAACAUGGAAAACAGGCAGUAGUGUAAUCAAUGUUUCAAAAUGUUUGAGUGUUGAAGUUCAAGUCUUAAUAUGUUUGUGUGCACUUAACACCUUGUCAGAUUCUAAAUAAACGUGAAACUUAUGCACCAUG